AUGGGGACUCUCUUUGGGCUUUUUUGUGUCUUCCAGUACGGCCGAACUCCUCUGCACCUUGCGGCCAACAACGGGAUUCUGGACGUGGUCCGCUACCUCUGUCUGGCGGGCGCCAACGUGGAGGCCCUGACCUCGGAUGGGAAGACAGCAGAAGAGCUUGCUAAAUCAGAACAGCACGAACAUGUAGCAGGUCUGCUUGCAAGACUCCGAAAGGAUGCUCACCGGGGACUCUUCAUCCAGCAACUGCGCCCCACGCAGAACCUCCAAUCCAGAAUCAAACUGAAGCUGUUUGGCCACUCGGGCUCUGGGAAAACCACCCUGGUGGAGUCUCUCAAGUGUGGGCUGCUGAGAAGUUUCUUCAGGAGACGCCGGCCCAGACUCUCUUCCACCAACUCCACCAGGUUCCCGCCCUCACCCCUGGCAUCCAAGCCCGCAGUGUCCGUGAGCAUCAGCAACCUGUACCCGGGCUGUGAGCACGUGAGCGUGAGGAGCCGCAGCAUGAUGUUCGAGCCGGGCCUCACCCGAGGGACCCUGGAGGUGCUGGUGGCCCCGCCCCAGCACCCACACUGCGCAGCUGACGACCAGUCCACUAAGGCCAUCGACAUCCAGAACGCUUAUCUGAACGGAGUCGGUGAUUUCAGCGUGUGGGAAUUCUCUGGAAAUCCUGUAUACUUCUGCUGUUAUGACUACUUUGCCGCAAACGACCCCACGUCCAUCCACGUCAUUGUUUUCAGUCUGGAAGAACCCUACGAGAUCCAGUUGAACCAAGUGAUCUUCUGGCUGAAUUUCCUGAAGUCUCUUGUGCCCGUUGAAGAACCCAUCGCCUUCGGCGGCAAGCUGAAGAACCCGCUGCAUGUCGUCCUGGUGGCCACCCACGCCGACAUCAUGAACGUGCCUCGGCCGGCUGGAGGCGAGUUCGGAUAUGACAAGGACACGUCCUUGCUCAAGGAGAUCAGGAACAGGUGAGGGCGUCGCUGGUGGCAGGGGCCAUCCCACAGAGCUCACAGACACAGAGGAAGGGAUUGGAGGCCUCCUUUGCUUGGUUGGCUUUUGUGGUAUCGUUUUUAUUUUUAUCAAAACAUUGAAAACAUAACAGAUGCAACAGAAGUAAAGAGCACGGGAUAAAAAACAACAAACUAUGCACUUCUUUCCUCACCUCCCAGUACCACUGCCCAGGGGGAGCUUCUGGUAGGGGUUUCAUGCAUUGAUUUUCCACUUUCUGGAGGCAGCUCUAGUUGACAGGUAACAUUAUCUACUUAACAUCCACAUCGUGGUGAUUUGACGUCCGCGGCGCCCAUCUAGCUAGUUAGCGCAUCCAUCACCUUCCAACUCUCUCUCUUUUCUCCUUAUUUCUUUUUAUUAUUUUUUGGUGAGAAUGUUUCUCACCCCAAAAUGUUUAAGUUCAACCCUUAGCAAGGGGCGCCUGGGUGGCUCAGUCGUUAAGCG